CUGAACUUCCUGUUUUGAAACGAGCCGAUAGCCUAAGUUUCGCUUCUGGAAUUCAUUGUCCUUUAUGGUUGUAUUUAUUUGUGGAAUAACUAAACCGACACAAAAUGGCAAGCGUGUCGUACCACAUAGCAAAUUUGCUGGAGAAAAUGACGUCUACAGACAAAGACUUUCGUUUCAUGGCCACUAAUGAUCUGAUGGCUGAGCUACAGAAAGACUCCAUAAAGCUGGAUGAUGACAGUGAGAGAAAGGUGGUUAAAAUGCUGUUAAAAUUACUGGAAGAUAAAAAUGGAGAAGUUCAAAAUCUAGCAGUGAAAUGCCUUGGUCCACUUGUGAGCAAAGUGAAAGAGUUUCAAGUGGAGACAAUUGUAGACACACUAUGCAGCAACAUGUUGUCAGAUAAGGAACAACUGAGAGAUAUUUCUAGUAUAGGACUGAAGACAGUAAUAACAGAGUUGCCACCUUCCUCAACCACUCUGGCUGCUAGCAUCUGUAAAAAGAUCACAACACGCCUUACAAAUGCCAUUGCCAAGCAAGAAGAUGUACCUGUACAACUUGAAGCUUUGGAUAUUCUUGGAGAUUUGUUAAGUCGAUUUGGUGGUUUGUUGAUCAGUUUUCAUAUUACAAUUAAGCAAGCCUUAUUGCCUCAGUUGUCAAGUCCAAGGUUAGCUGUAAGAAAGAGAGCGAUCAUUGCUAUUGGACACUUAGUGAUGAGCUGCAGUACAUCACUCUUCAAUGAGUUGAUUGAGUAUCUUUUGACUGAAUUGACCAAGAACUCAUCAACUUCUACCACUCGUACCUACAUCCAGUGUGUGGGCGCCAUCAGUCGUCAGGCUGGGGGUAGAUUUGGUGAAUACCUAGAUAAAAUGGUACCACUCAUUGUAAGAUUCUGUAAGACGGAUGAUGAUGAGCUAACAGAGUUUUGCCUUCAAGCAUUUGAAUCAUUUGUACGACGAUGUCCUAAAGAGGUUUCUAACUUUAUUCCUGAUAUAAUAGCUAUUUGCUUGAAGUAUGUGUGUCAUGACCCUAAUUACAAUUAUGAUGAUGAUGAAGAUGAAGAAAUGGAUACAGAUGUCCAAGAAGAGGAGGAUGAUGAGGAAACAGAGGAUGAAUACAGUGAUGAUGAUGACAUGAGCUGGAAGGUCAGGAGGUCAGCAGCUAAAUGCCUGGAAGCUGUUGUUAGCACCCGUCAUGAUAUGUUGCCAGAGUUUUAUAAAACUGUAUCUCCAGCCUUGAUUGCCAGGUUUAAAGAGCGAGAGGAAAAUGUAAAAUCAGAUAUAUUUCAUGCUUACAUUGCAUUACUGAAACAAACUCGUCCAGUUAUUAUUGCUGGAGUGGACAAUACUGAAGCUCAAGAAGGUCCAUUGAAUAUGCUACGUGCACAAGUGCCUGACAUUGUCAGAGCAGUCCACAGACAGCUGAAGGAGAAAAGCAUCAAAACUAGGCAAGGGUGUUUCAGCCUGCUGACUGAGCUGGUCCUAGUGCUGCCCGGGGCCUUGGACCAGCACUUGACCAGUUUGAUGCCAGGGAUCCAGUACUCCCUAGGAGACAAGAACACCAGCUCCAACAUGAAGAUUGACACUUUGUCUUUUCUGAACACUUUGCUGAGUAACCACAGCCAUGUUGUGUUCCAUCCUCACAUUAAAGCUUUGGUGCCGCCGAUUGUCAAUGCUGUUGGGGAUCAAUUUUACAAGAUAACAUCAGAGGCACUUCUAGUAACACAGCAGUUGGUCAAAGUACUUCGGCCUUUGGAUCAAAAGUCCAACUUUGAUUACAACCCCUAUGUGAAAAGUUUAUAUGCUUGUACAGUGAAACGCUUGAAGGCAGCUGAUAUAGAUCAGGAGGUGAAAGAAAGAGCUAUUGCAUGCAUGGGACAAAUUGUUGCCAACUUAGGAGAUUGUUUGUUAGCAGAAUUGAAAGAAUGCCUUCCCAUCUUUUUAGAGAGACUGAAAAAUGAAAUUACAAGAUUGACAACUGUUAAAGCUCUUACAUUAAUUGCACAAUCACCAUUGGCCAUUGACAUUAGGUUUAUAUUGGAAGAAGGUUUCCCUAUCCUGGCCUCUUUCUUGAGGAAGAAUCAGCGAGCUCUAAAACUGAGUACCCUCCAGUGCCUAGAUGUUGUUGUCAAAAACUAUGGUGGAGCUGUGAAUGGCUACAUGCUAGCUGACGUCAUGAAGGAAAUGCCUCCUCUAAUCAAUGAGAAUGAUCUUCAUAUUUCACAGCUGACUCUGAAUCUGUUGACCAGUAUUUCCAGAAGCCAUAAACAGUCUAUUUCCAACAUCCAGACAGAGAUUCUGCCACAGAUCCUAAUUCUGGUUCAGUCUCCACUGUUACAGGGUGGGGCCCUCAAUGCUGUCUUGGAAUUCUUCAGAGCACUUAUAGCUUUGAGCUUACCAAAACUGGGGUUUAGGGACCUUCUGCAGAUGUUGAUUCUUCCCGUCUAUGACACAAGACUUACAAGUGGUCCUAUCCACCGUCAGGCCUACCACUCCAUAGCUCGCUGUGUUGCUGCUCUGACAGAAAUGAGUCCCAUAGAAGCCUCCAAUGUGGUUGCCCAAUUUGUUAGUGAUAUCAAGAAUCCUAAAUCUACAGAGCACAUAGUUUUAUUUUCUUUGCUCGCACUCGGAGAAAUAGGAAAAAAUAUAGACUUAAGUUCUCAUGGAGACAUACAGAAUGUCAUAUUAGAAUGUUUCUCUUCUCCUAAUGAGGAAGUCAAGUCCGCAGCUUCUUAUGCUCUUGGAAAUGUUAGUGUUGGAAAUCUGCCCAAAUUUUUGCCUUUUGUUUUACAAGAGAUAGAAAACCAACCAAAGAGACAGUAUUUGUUGUUACACUCCCUGAAAGAGAUAAUCAACUGUGAGUCCAGUUCUCAGACGGGGUUAGAAAUUUUAAAAUCUUAUGUGAAAACCAUAUGGACUAUGUUAUUCCAUAACUGUGAGUGUCCCGAAGAAGGAACACGCAAUGUGGUGUCUGAAUGUAUGGGCAAACUGACUCUUGUUGACCCGAGGAAUUUGAUAGGUAGUCUUCAGCAGCAUUUGAAUGAUGCUUCACCUCUGGCUAGGAGUACAGUUGUCACAGCUAUCAAAUUUACUAUAUCGGAUCAGCCUCAGCCCAUUGACCCCCUACUUAAAACAUGCAUUGGUGACUUCUUGCGUACGUUACAAGAUGAAGACCUGACUGUGCGCAGGGUGGCAUUAGUUACUUUUAACUCAGCAGCUCACAAUAAGCCAUCAUUAAUCAGAGAUUUACUAGAGACAGUGUUACCACACCUGUACAACGAAACUAAAGUCAGGAAAGAACUUAUUCGUGAAGUUGAGAUGGGUCCAUUUAAACACACUCUUGAUGAUGGCUUGGAUAUAAGGAAGGCUGCUUUUGAAUGUAUGUACACACUUUUGGAUUCCUGUUUAGAUCGUUUGGAUAUCUUUGAGUUUUUAAAUCAUGUCGAGGAUGGCUUGAAAGAUCAUUACGACAUUAAGAUGUUAACCUACUUGAUGUUGGUCAGACUCUCACACCUGUGUCCGUCGGCAGUUUUACAGCGUCUAGACAGGUUGGUAGAACCCAUUAGAGCUACAUGUACUACAAAGGUAAAAGCCCAUUCUGUCAAACAAGAGUAUGAGAAACAGGAAGAACUUAAGCGCUCAGCCUUGAGAGCAGUGGUGGCUUUACUCAACAUUGCUGAUGCUGAUAAAAGCCCUCAGAUGAAUGACUUCAUGACUCACAUUAAAGCAACCCCAGAGCUAGCCGCCAUGUAUGAGACCAUCCAGAAAGAUGCGACAUCCACAGGCCAGGAGAUCAUGACCAUGGAUACCAGUUAGACUGUACAGACAGAAUGUUUAACUCAGAGCUAACCUGUUGUAUGUUUGUUCUAGGAUGCUUGGAAAAUUGUGUCUCCUACUCUUUGCCAAUGAUUCAUUUCUUUCUUUCUCAACAAUUCAAGAGUCUGGAGUAAUAUUCGCUCAACUAGAUGUGAAGUGUCCCCUACUAAAUGUUUACUUGUUAUAGCACCAUCAUUGUGAAUACAGCUAAUCAAGUAUAACAAAGUAGCUUUUUAAAUGUGCCCAUACAAAUUUAAGCAUUACAUUUAGUAUUUUAUACUUAAAAUCUCAAUUUUCAUUGGAUCAGAAACUGCUUUUCAUAGACAUGUUUUAUGUUAUCCAGAAAUGUUUUGUUUUGUUUCAACCGCUACAUCAAAAAGUUUGUGAAACUAUUCAGUCUCUUUAAAUUUUCUAUUAGAAUGCUGUUUUGUUUUGGUGAUAUUUAUUUUUGGCUUAUUUUUCAAGUAAUAAUAAAUAGAAAUAAACAGAAAAGAUUGCAAUGUGGAUAUAAUGCAUUGAUGAAAAUAUUUCCAUCUUGUUCCACCUUGAUCUACAUUUGACCUGUUAAUUGAACGUGUUCUUAAGAGGUCUUGCAGACUGUCAAGUAUAAUCUUUAGUCACAUAACUUGUGCAUACUUGCAACUUACUUCGAUGGAUUGAAAACAAUUUUUUGUUUAAGUGUACGUGGAUAGAAAUUGUAGCCCUCUAGUUUAGGUGUAAGACUGGAUUAAAAACAUCCUCUCCCCUUUUGGUUUUGCACUCAGGUCUGCUUCCUUUAAACAAAAUAAUUUUUAAAAAAAUUAUUUUCUAUUUGGUUGUAAUUUAUUUGAAACCUUUUUCUCCAGCUGAUGUUAAAAUGUGUAUGAAUUGUCCACUGUGUUUAAAGUGUUUCUGACUGAUGUAUUUAUACAAGUUGAGCUUUUUUCUUUUUUUUUUUUGCAUCUCAGACAUUUCAUUUGUAAGUGUAAGAGAGAAACCCUUCUGUUUUUGUUUUUUUAAAUUAAAGGUAGAGAAUUAAAAAAAUGUCAGUAAAACAUCUCACUUAAAAUUGUAUGUCUACCAGUUCCUAUACUACUGCUGUUCAAAAGUCAUCACCAAUAUAAUAGCUGAAUGAAAUGUAACAUUUUAGUUAUAUGUUUGUAUAUAAUAUUAUACUACUUAGUGCUGUUAUAAUGGGAUCCCAGUUUUUUAAGGGUCAUUUCUAUCAACUAAUUAAAGAAAACAUACAACAAAAAAUGUCUGAUUCAACUAUUUUUUGUUACAAUCCAACUAUUCAUUUUUAAACAGUUUGAAUAAUCAAGUUGCUACUACAAUUUGUCAGUCAUUAAAAACUGCAGUGAUACAUAAAAGGCAUUAACCUGUAUAUUGAAUGCUAUUUUGUGGAUGCAGUAAAUGAUUAGUUUUGAUGAACUAAAGUCUACUCUAUUUUAGAAGGAUAAUGAUGUAAAAAUACCUAUGUUGAGAAACUCCCUAUGUAUUUCUAGAUGUUUGCAAUGAUGUGGUUCAAGUAAUGUCUGUGUCCACCUAGGCUCUAAAAUUAGCUUUAUCUUUUUGGUUACUCAGUUUUCAAUAUUUUAAAUGUGUUUUAUUCUGAGAAAUACAUAAUAAAUCGUUCUCUUGGUU